AUGAUGAUGGCCGCGCGCGGCGAGUUUUUGUUAUCGGAGCAAAUAAUCCAUCGCAUACAGUCUUUUCUGAAUGGAAGAGAAGCUGCGCAAACAACUGUCCUGUCUAAAUCUUGGCACCAAGCCUGGCUCACUCGCCCCAACUUGGAAUUCAAUAGAUACGACUUUUACUUUGAUUAUGAUGAUGAUGAUGAUGAUGAAUUUUUAGAGUUUAUGGAGAAGACCAUUCAAAGGUAUGAAGAAUCGAACCUAAAGAUUGAGAGUUUCAGUCUAACAAUGGAUAUGUUGAAUAGUUCAUGUGAAACAAUGAUGAUUAAAGCAUUGGGAAUGGGUGUUACUCGUCUUAGCCUUGUACUUCGUGAAUCGUAUGCAUCUUACUGCUCUCUUCUGCCGGCUGAGGUGUUUGGAUGCAAAGACCUUGUGGAACUAUCUCUGAGUGGGUGCAGAAUCGCCCUUGAUCCCCAGCAUCAAGUACAACUUCCGAGGCUCAAAGCCCUUAGUUUAAGCUACAUCAGGGUAGAAAGUGAUGAUGACAGUGAUGAUGAAAGUGAUGAUGAAAGUGAUGAAGUGGUUUCUGUGGUUUCUGGCUUACUUUCGGGCUGCCCCUUGCUCGAAAAACUGUCACUCAAAGUACAUGAUACCAUAAGUCAUCCUAACUUGCCAAAGUUAAGGCAUCUGGAGCUGAGGCGUCUGAGAAUUAAUACCUCGUUUUUUGGUGACUUAUCGUGUAAAUGCCCUUUGAUGAGAGAUUUAUCCAUCCAUCACUGCUCAUUCCGAGGGAAUUUACUCAUAUCUUGCCCAACAAUUGAGUAUCUAAACAUCGAGUAUCUACACAUCGAAAGAAAUAGUAUCGCGAAGACAGUAAGCUGUGUCGAGUUUGAUGUUCCAAGUAUUCGUAAGUUCAAGUUUAAAAGCUUCGAGAUUCUGCCAUAUUCCCUGUCUUUUAAAUCAACAAAUUUAAGGGAAUGGGAGUCUCAUUUAUCCAUACCGUCGAGUUGUUGUGUUGGUACUACGGGGGUCAUUGGGUUGAAUAAAUUAUUAACCGAUUUGAGACACUCCAAAAUUCAUCUCUUGAUAGAAGUAGACGAGAUAAACGUAGGCAACACACGUAGCUUCAAUAAUGACGUGUGGAAGUUCAAUGGCUUGACGCUGCACCAAGUCGAGGAGUUGACGAUAGAUGGCAUGGACUACAACAUUUCGUCUUUCAUGGGUUUUGCUCUUGGUUUUGCUCUUUUUGAUGGUUUGUUUCGGUUGUGCCGCCCAAAGUUCGUCACUCAGCAUAAUUCGAAGACAAGCAAUCCGAUUCCUUGCGUGUUUCGGUUGUGCCGCCCAAAGUUCAUCACGACAAUCAAUCGGAUUCCUUGCGUGAGUGAUUUCCUUUUUAAGUUGUUUCUCAGACACGGAAUAAAUCACGAAUGUUCGGCCAGGAGCCUUGAUAUGUAUGGUUUGCGGCAUCUUGAGGAAGUAAGAGCUCAGAUAUUUUAUGCAGAUGUUUACACUUGGCGGCUUAUUACGUUGGAUACUUGGGAUGCUUUAAAGGACCAGAAGAAAAUCCGGUUCCAGCUGAAGUGGAGAGAUGAAAGCCAGCAGGUUAAUUAA